AUGCCCCACUACACUCGUAUCCCUAAGUUCAAACCAAACCGACCACUAACCGGCCCUUCCCUCCUCAAAUACUCCAAACAAAAGUACUCCAAACAAAAAGACUCAAAACGACCAUCGGACCCUUCCACAACCUGGAAUCCUGACAUUUUCGAAGCUAUUCGUAGUCUCCACCUUCAAAAAAGUCCAGGCCUUCGAACUUGCAAAGUUUUGCUCAGUCAACACCUCCCCCGUUCUUUGGCUCAAGACAUCGGAUGCAAUGAACCAUUACUUCGUGACCUCUUGGGGGGUAUCGAUGAAGACGAACAGCACCGUUUGAUUGUACGACUUGGAAGAGUCAUAUUUUACAUGGAUGGGAUGGCUCUACUCUCCCUCGGUUGUCCUUUGGAGACACAAACUUUUGUCGAUGGAAUGAAUGCCCUACUAUCGGAUGGGUUUCUAGCCGACCUUUCAUUAGAAGAAGUCAUCGAAGGGGCUGAUAUUAACAUCUACUGGCCUAAAAUACACCGGGCGGCUUUGACAGGUGAUAAAGAGGCGAUUGGCUAUGCUUUGUAUAAAGUUGCUGUUGAAGCCAAGGCUACGGUGUUGUCUGGAGAGUGGAAAGAGAUGAGUGCGUUCUAUUGCAGUACGUCCUAUGAAAUGGCACACAAUGUCAUCAUGACUUCUGACUUCUUCCUUACUCGAGUACUUGCUGCUUCAAAUGGCAUACACUUGAAUCUUUCAAGCUGUGUACUGGCUGAACCUCCGAAGGAGCCAGUAUUCAGAGGGCUGCUGGAGGGAAGGGAUGUCACAGCAGCAUCGAAGUGGCCUCCAUUGUUGCCAUACAUCUGGAAGCUCAUUAGGAAGGCGCAUUUCUACAUUUUUGCUGGUUUGGUUGCCCUAGAGGCACUUAUCUGGAAAGGGAUUAAAGGCAGGUUAGUUUUCGCGUUCAUACACUACGAGAUCUGUUUGGUUAUCCUGUUGUUAGGUUUCAUCGACGAUUAUGUGGUUUCUUUGUAUCCGCUUAUGACACAGGAGUUGAAUGAUUGA